AUGGCUUCCAUCUCUACUUGGUAUCACAAUCAGUAUUCAACUUGGAAUCGCACUCGUCGUCUUCACGCUACUCCUUUCCUAGCUCGCACCGAUACCCACACAUCUCGUACUGCUACCUCCAUGGCUCGCACAAAUACACAAGAUGCCGUCAUCAUCAACAUGGACGAUGAUUCAUCCAAGAAGGAGAAGAAACAGGAGACCCUCUUCGGGCCCAACAUUGGCGUCGUCGGCUCUACACCCCAGUGGGCUCAAUCCUUGGGACAAAAGGCUCCCGCAGAUAAUGUCUCUUCAAAUAUUAUCCAGAACUGGAUCACAAGGAGCAAAGAGGUGCUCCAAGCAUCGUCUGAUGUCCCGUCUUAUGUACUGACUCAUGCACAGCCUUCACAGCCAACGACUACUCUCCAGGCGUUGGUUAAUCUCAAGCGGCCCACGCUCCGCUUAUGUCCUUUGAUCAUCUCAUCGGGAGAUGAUCCGGACCAAGUUGAUUCUCACCAUAACCAUGGUUUGGAAUUCGAAUACGAUUGCGACGCAGCCAAGUGUCGCAUAAACGUUAGUGUGGUGCUACCUGCAGACCACCCCUAUGCAGAGACCAUAGAUAGCACGGGCUACUCGUGCAUCUCUGUUUUCGAAUCCAUCGUUGACGGUGGUUUUGGUAAAGUAUUGCAUCUAGAUGAAGGUGCAACCCUCGAAUUAGGAAGGUUUGAGCACCAACAUAUCGAAGCAGAGACUGUCUCUUCCCAGAUUACCGGAGUUCCCGAGUCGUCCCGAGCAGCAGAUAGUGUUGACUCCUCCGCUCCUGCUAGUAGUAGGAACGACCGUGUCCGGAAACGCUUUACGGGAUUCAAUUUCCGGAAGCGCUCCACUAGCACGUCUGUAUCAGGACCCGCGCUUGCCGUUGUUGAUGCAGAAGUAUCUGCACCCACAGUUGAAGGAAGUGAAGAGAAAGGGGACAAAGAAGAGGUGAAGGAUGGCGUUCGAGUCACUAUCCGGUUAUCAGCGUUGGACGAGGGCGGUACCGACCUGUCUGUCAACGAGCAGAUAACAUACCUCCAUGUCGUCCGGUUCGGCACUGCGCCCGAUGAUGAAAAAGAAGACACCAGGUCUUGGGUCGUCAAGGUUGUGAAACGUGAAGCCACGAUUGGACCUCACACGUUCCACUUGCACGAGAUCUAUGGUCUUUCCUCUCAGUCUACUUCAUCCUCUCAACCACAUGCGGCUUCUUCCACACCGGACGCACAUACUUACCCGCCCACGUCUGCAUCCGCAGCGCCUAUACACGAGGAUGAACCUUCAUCUGAGUGUUUACUAUGCCUUUCUUCCCCACGCGAGGUUAUUCUACUCCCUUGCCGCCACCUCGUCGCAUGCAAGGAAUGUGCCAUUAAUAUGGUCGAAUUCGGUGCUGGCGGCAAUAUUAUCCACACUGAAGAAACCACAACUGCACCUGCGGGCGGUGAGCUUCAGCUACAGAAGGCUCUGCUCCAGCUCCAGUACCCACCACGAUCGCUCAGAACAUACGCAGAAAGCGAAAGGCAAAAGGCUGGUUUUGCCCCGUCUGCCGUCGACGUAAGUUGCAUAUAUCUUACUUGCGUCUCGCCUGACAUAUCGUGCACAUAUCCAGCUUACACCUCGCUUUUACGGAUUUCAACGACACCUCCGACGAAGGAUAUAUCCGACGAUGAACAUCGUGCGUCCAUCGAUGAGCACGAGCAUGAGGAUGACGAACAUGAGCACGAACACGAGCAUGAACGUGAGGAUGAACACGACGACGACCCUCUGGCAACCGCGCCGCCGGCACCUGGCGGUAUGUUCAAUAGCAUCCGUUCAGGCCUCAUGCGUCUGAGCGUGGCGCGUUCUGACGGCGAACAUACCGCCGAGGCCACAGAAAGCGAGCACCCUGCAGAGGUGCCCGUGUCAAUUGUUUAG